AUCGACCACUCAUGCAGGUCUAAUCGUGCGCCGCCAUGUCUUUUCGAAGAAGCGCCCAGUGUGGGUGACCGUAUAGUCAGCCUCCCGUUCGCCUACCUCUCGACGCUUCUACUUUGAGUGAGGCGCGAGCGUCUGCAGAAACAGGACAUGGUUUCAUGGGAAAUUCUCCGGACGGCCAUAAUUGGAGCCACCGUUUGGCUGGCCUGGGGUUUGUACCUAGCUGCGGCUCGUCCUGCUAUAAAGGAGAACAAGAACGGCCUCAACUGCGGUUCUUGAAAUGGCCCUUUGAGCAACAACCCCAUAUCCCUUCGUUUCUCUGUCGAUUCAUCUUAUCCCGUUUCUUUCCUACUCGUCAUAGUAAUCGACACUCUCGCUCUUCUCCGUCUUAAUCAUAAUUUCUAUCAAGCUUGAUCGACACAAUACAUCCACCAUCUC